AUGACAUAUCGGCAAAAUAUUGAAGACUUAUUACUAGUACAAUUUAUUAAAUCGAGCCAAAUUUUUGAGGAUUCUGAUAAUGAAUCAAAUGAUUCUGAAGUUGAAAAAGCUGAAGAAGACAAAUUUAUUUUUCUUGGAUUAAGUUCUUUAUUAGAUUCCUAUUAUUUACAAACACGUAUUUACAAUGUUACUAAAUCUCAAGAGUGGUGGCAUUCAAUUGUUCCUAAAUAUAAUGAUGUUAGAUUUAAAAAAAUUAUGAGAAUUGAUUUUCAAAGUUUUCAAAAUCUUUUAAUAAAAAUUGAAUCACAUUCAAUUUUUCAAUCAACUGGUAAUAAACAACAAGCUCCAGUUGAAUUACAAUUAGCUAUUUUUUUGAGAAGAAUAGAUUCAAAAGAUGAAAUUUUUGGAAUAUGUUCGCGAUAUAGUAUUUCAGAAGGGGAAUUAAGAAAAAUGGUUCAUUUAGGAUUUAAUAAUAUUGGAGGAUUUAAUAAUGUUAUUAGUGCUAUAGAUGCCAUUGUUGAUUAUCGUGGUGUUUUUAUUGAUUAUGAGAUAGGAUGGCCAGGAUCAGUUCAUGAUGCAAAG